AUGAGGCCUAGCGAAUCUUCGUGGACAAACUAUUAUGUGAGUUUACGAUAUUAUUUGAGCUUAUGCACCACCCCGCCCAAUCCCAACACCGCCAGUUCGCGCUCUGUCUCUCUCUGGAUCAUCUGGGUCAGCAUUCACUUCCUCCCCAACACCGUCUCCUUCGCACCCAGAUUCUCUCCUUCCAGGGCACGACCCCGCAAUGCCGCCCCUCCCCUCCUCCUUCGCCAAGGACGACGCCGUCGAGAUCCUCCGCCCCGGCUCCGCCCCCGGCCUCCGCGGCGCCCUCUACCCGCCACCGUGCUCCGGUCGCCGGCCCGCGCCAAGAAGCUCAUCUUCGUCGAGUACCUGACCCUGUCGGGCGACGGCGGCGGCGGGGGCCCGGAGGGGGAGCGGCCGCGGCUGAGGGAGUACGUGGACCUGGCCCGGGCGAGGCCCGUCCCGCCGCGGGUGAUGCACGAGCGGUUCCGGGUGGGGGAGGAGGUGGACGCCUUCCGGGAGGACGGGUGGCAUUUCGGCGAGAUCAGGGAGAUUCGGGAGGACUCCAGGUAUCUGGUGGCGGUGGGAGGGGGGAGUGAGGAGGUGGAGUUUGGGCAGAGGGAGUUGAGGCGUCACCGGGAGUGGAGCGGCGAUGGGGUUUGGACCCCGCCUUUGGCCGGCGGUGAAUUGCAGUUCUUGAAAAUUGACUUGCAGGAGAAAUCAUCUACAAUGGAGUUAAAGCCUUUCAAGAUAAAAUUCAAGAUAGGACUCGAUAAAGGGACAUCAUUGCCACCCCCUGAGUUUGGAAAGGGUAAAACUGUGGAGGUCAGCAGUGAUGAAAAAGGUUAUGAGGGUUCUUGGUUUUCCGCAACUGUCAUUGACUAUAUAGGAAAUGACAAGUAUCUGGUUGAAUACCUAACCUUGAAAACAGACGAUGAAACUGAACCUUUGAGGAAGAAGCAUAUUCACGUGGUGGGUGGUGUAAUUUCCAAAGUUCUAAAAGGCUCUCAGUAUAUUGUCUACUUCAGCACAUCCAAUGAAGAACUAAUUUUCAAUGAGUCUAAUCUGAGGCUUCACCAGGACUGGAGUGACGGCAAGUGGGUCAUUGCUUCCCAGGAUAAUUCUACUGAGGUGGCAUUGAGAAUAGCAAGUUUAAGAGGUAAAACGGAGUUUGGCGAUGCUAAUAUAAAAGUGAAAUUCAGUAAGGGAAUGAAAGUGGAGGUGAGAAUCAAUGAAGAUGGUUACAUGGGCUGUUGGUUCCCUGCAGUGAUCAUCGAUACGAUUGGAGACAAGUUUUUGGUUGAGUAUCAGACUUUGCAGACUGAUGACGAAACCGAAUUACUCAAAGAAGUAGCAGAGAGUUCACAUAUAAGGCCUUUUCCUCCUGACAUUAAAUGUGCACACACUUUUGCACAGGACGAAAUGGUUGAUGCUUGGUAUAAUGAUGGCUGGUGGGUGGGUCAUAUUUCCCAAAUUCUUGGGGGCUUGAAGUACAAAGUCUACUUUAUGACAUCAAGUGAGGAAUUGGAAUUUGAACAUCACAAUCUUAGACCUCAUCAAGAAUGGAUUGGUGGUCGAUGGAUUAUCACUUCCAGGGUACGAUGA